AUGUCCACGACUAGUCUACCAGGAUAUGGCACGGGCGCCUCAUCAUUGGUGAACGGGGCAACGCCCAUGUACUCUGCAGAGCCGGCCUCAUACGAAGAAAGGAUUGCUAUAGCUGGUGCACUAAGCCCUCGACCGGCAGGGAAGUUCGUGAAGCCGUCGAAGAGUGGGAACGUCAGCUUGCAGCUCGAUGAGCAAGAUAAGGAUGCGGCUCUGCCAUUGUAUGGGACAGCAAGUCUGGUCAAAGGGGAGGUGCAUCUUGUGAAACCAGAGGUGGUCACUAAUGUAGAGGUCAAGGUUGAGGGUAAGCUACGACUGAAAGAGGUCGCAGAAGGCGGUCAUACCUCGGCGAAGCUGUGUCUAGAUUCACAACAGUUGUGGUUCAAGUCCGAUGGAGGGGGGCAAUGCCCAACGACCCUACCUUUUAGUUUGACCUUACCCACUCAUUUCGAAUAUGAGGGCAAAACAUAUCCUUUACCUCCCACAUAUGAUGUCAAGCUCUCAGGGUUACCUGGCUUCACCGCUACAAUUGACUAUUCAAUAUCUGUCCUCGUCGACAAGCCACAUGUUGUGCCAAGUCUUGUACCGCUCGUCAAGUCUCAUAUCUUCGGCUCGACAAAUCACAGUAAUGUGGCUGUCUCCACAUCUUUCGUAUACCACCCUCGAUCCCGCCCCUCAAAAGCCCUUCCAGCCCCCAUGACGGUCACUCAGAAUGGCUUUAGCGAUACGCCGGGCUGGCGCUCGUUCCAUUCGACAAUCGAAUCCAAAUCACCGAAUCUUCAUGACAUAGAAGUUACUCUAUUUAUUCCAGCGUCGAGGGUGCUCUGUAUGACUCAGCCGAUACCGUUCCACGUAAAGCUUCGAUCGACGGCCGUUUCAUUGGCCAGCUUCCUCCCUUAUGGACCCAGUACUAGCACCACUAGCACUAAGCGGAUGACGAAGUGUCAUUUGGUGCGACAAACGACAGUGGACGUAAGAAAUGCCGAAGUCCUUGGCACGAAGACAAACAUAUGGCGCGUAGACACGGUGGGCACUGGGGCAUUCAAAAUGGCGGGGGACGGACCGAAUUGGAUUGCGUACUCUGGGGAAAUCGCUAUCGAUGAGAAUGUGCAAGUCGGUGGUUUUUCUGCAGCCGGUUUAACGGUUGUGGACUGUGUCAUUUUGUCGUGUACUCCUCCUGAGCCUCAGAAGGCGCCGUUUUCCGAGCUACGCUUAGUUGUGCCGAUUCGGCUGACCACUGAUCCAUACACUGCUGAUGGCACAGGAAUCGGUGCGCAAUAUCCAAAUAUCAAUGGCAACCCGACGAACGGCCAUCACAAUCUCGACGAUCUUGAUGAUGACUUGGAUGACAAGAAUGGUAUUCCCCCGGAAGAGUUCUAUCGAGCACUCUAG